GUCUUCAUUCAAUCCAGUUGAAAGCACUUCUUUAACUACUCUUUCAUAAUAACUUUAGUUCCUUGAAUUGAUCUUGAAAGAGAUAUGAUGGUCAAUUCUAUAAACUUUUUCUUGCUUUUUUCUCUUCUAGUCUUUGCUCCUUUCUGUCACUGUGAAAAUAAAGGAGAUUUUCUUUACCCUCAAUUUUACGACGGUUCAUGUCCACGAGUUGAAGAGAUUGUUAAGUCUGUAGUUUCCAAGGCUGUUGCUAAAGAACCUCGCAUGGCUGCUUCGUUGCUGCGACUGCAUUUUCAUGACUGUUUUGUCAAGGGUUGUGAUGCAUCAGUGCUGCUAGAUAGCAGUGGAACAAUCAUCAGCGAGAAGAGGUCGAAUCCAAACCGUAACUCAGCUAGAGGAUUUGAAGUCAUUGAAGAAAUCAAAUCUGCAGUAGAGAAAGAGUGUCCUCACACAGUCUCUUGCGCUGAUAUUUUGACUUUAGCAGCUAGAGAUUCAACUGUUCUUACUGGUGGACCAUACUGGGAUGUACCUUUGGGAAGAAGGGAUUCUCUCGGCGCAAGCAUCAGUGGCUCGAAUAACAACAUUCCUGCUCCUAACAACACCUUCCAAACCAUCUUAACUAAAUUCAAGCUUAAGGGACUUAACAUUGUUGAUCUAGUUGCUCUAUCAGGUAGUCACACUAUAGGUGAUUCAAGAUGCACUAGCUUUAGACAAAGACUCUAUAACCAAACUGGGAAUGGCAAGUCAGAUUUCACUCUUGACCAAAACUAUGCAGCUCAAUUGCGCACUCGGUGCCCGAGAUCUGGUGGAGACCAAAAUUUAUUUGUCCUAGACUUUGUGACCCCGGUGAAAUUCGACAACAACUACUACAAGAACUUAUUGGCCAACAAGGGUCUGUUGAGUUCUGAUGAAAUUCUGUUGACAAAGAAUAAAGUAUCUGCAGAUUUAGUGAAAACUUAUGCAGCAAGAAAUGAUAUUUUCUUUGAACAGUUUGCCAAGUCUAUGGUUAAGAUGGGAAACAUUACUCCUUUAACAGGUUCAAGGGGUGAAAUUAGGAAACACUGCAGAAAGGUUAACACAUGAUGAAGUACUAUCGUUGUCGCGUUGGACAUUUGAAAAUUGAAUUUGCAUUUUGAUGUUUUAUUUCUUUAGCCAUGUUUUAUUUGUGAAGCCAUUGGCAGAGUCACUGUAUUCUUCUAAGUUAAAAUUUGAGCUUUUGGUAGUAUUGUUGUGUGUGUUUGAAGGAAUUCUAUGUAAUAAGAUGUUAUAAGAAUAACUUGUUAAAGUAUGCAGUUGUUGGAAAUGAUGGUCUUGAAGUUUAA